AUGCACUUGUCGGUUCAUUAUUGCAUCAUUUUGCAGGAACUGAUGGAGAAAUGCAAGAAAGGACUGGAGAAAGCGCGAGAAAAGCCGAACCAGGAGAAGCAGAUGAAGAUAAAGUUAGCUGAGAGCAGGAGGAACAUCGCAAGACAGCCAUCUGAAGUUGAAGUCCUCAAGAAUCAACUUGUUCAACUUACGCAAGAAGUGACGCAGUUGCGUCUACGAUCGUCUGAAGUUGAAGUCCUCAAGAAUCAACUUGUUCAACUUACACAGGAAAUGACGCAGUUGCGUCUGCAGAACAGUUGGAGAAGAAGUUGGAUAAGGCCGAAAGGGCGUUGGCUUUCAGCUCGCCCAGGAAGAGGAAGAAGAUAGACGAGCUAGGCGUGAAACAGAAGGCUGAAAGAAUCGCCAGAUUGGAAAAACAUAUUGGAGAAAGCAUGGAGAUACGGCCGAAGACCCCUGAAAAUGACGUCGAGGUGGCCCUCUUCAUAAAAAAUGCCUACCGGUUGACGGAAUUUCAGUACAAGGGGCUACAGAAGUUCGCGGUCAACUGGUCUCCCCUUCACCACGUCAAACAACGGGAGAAGGAUCUCAUAGAGGCAGCUGGUGGGUUGGACACCACGGAAGCUUCGGUGGGAUGGACCAAUCCGGCAAUGGCAUUUGGACUGUAUGUUCAACGUCUGGUGGAAACGGCCUGGUCUACCAGGAUGCCUGACGCUGUGGAUGUCGUGAUCGUGGCCGAUGGUGGAGGAGAUGGAGCCGCGAACAUGGUCAAAAUGGGUCUGUUCAUACCCACUGGAGUCCCAGCUCCUCAGAGCCCCUUCAAUGUGCUUCUGCUGAGCGCGUACACGGGUAAGGAAAGUCGGGAGAACUUGAUCACAUUCUGUGAGAAAGGCCUCGACUUCCUGAACCGUUUGUGCAAGGACAAGAAGUUUGCGGUUGCCGGCCGCCGAAAUGCAUGCCGGGUCUUGCUUUGCAGUGAUUUGAAGGUGGUACCUCUCAUCCUGGGUAUAAAGGCGGCUGGAGCAACCCAAUUCUGUCUCAACUGUACCGUGGAGCGUGCAGAGCACAAGAGGGCGAUGACGACGGACGCUGGGAAGAGGACUUACAGAGAUCCUCUGGUAAGUCUUCUGCAGGAAGAUGUAGUGUGUCCCCCACUACAUUGCCUCCAGGGGUUGACAAACUCAUUGGCAGAGGAGAUGAAGAAGGACAACCCGGAUGAAUGGAAGGCCGUGUGCGAUGACCUGAACAUUGCACUCUCCCAUCUAUCCAAAUUGAUGCUGAACGGCAGAGAUGGGAGAAGACUGGUCAAGAGCUUAGCUGAAAAUGGCAACCCACAAUUUGCCAUAUUCAGCGACGUUUUUUCAUCUUUGGACAGGAUUUAUGAAUGGGCAACAAUUGAUGUCCAUGGUCAAGAUAACUUCACGAAGGCUGGCAUUGAACGGGACAUUCUUCUGCUGUCAAACGCGUGGAGACACAGUGGACUUCGUGCGAUAAACAAGUUGCACCUCCUUGAAGCCCACGUUGCCGACUUCGUCACAUUACAUGGUUCGUGGGGGCUAUACGGAGAACAAGGCCUGGAAAGCUUGCACCACAUUGGCAACGUCGCGUCAGCUCGAUGUUUCGGAAAGAAUUCCGAAGUCAAGGCCAAGUUCUUCAAAUCCCAAUUUUUUCGAUGCUUUCGCGCCGUUAUCACACAUAAAUUGUUUUUUAUUCGAAUUUUGGAAUCAUUGUUCCUUUUUAUUUGUAGAGGUUUCAGCGUAUAAAACGUCAAAAACAUUUUCGCGCGAAUUUCUCUAUUUCCACUUUUUCCGUGGCGUGCGGAGGAGCAUGAAAGGGUCGACCGUCCACCGAGCUUGAGAGUCCAAUUGAAUGAAUGUGAGCCACCGUUCAGAGCGAAGUCGAGCGGUCGGAACGGAUUGCCACGCAAAGCGGUUGGUCAUGGAGAACUCGGGGUAUCGGUCGGGACCAGCUUGACUUGACGAACCAUCGGGGUGCCGAUGGUCCUAAUGUCUCUCAUCUACGUAUAAAUUAA